AACUCAUCACAGAUCCUGUCUCGCUGUGAUAUCUCUGCUGUGCAAGAGGUGCGUGACUCCAAGGGACUGGCUAUUCAGGCACUACUGCAGAAGCUCAAUAGGUAUGAUCCUUCUCAUCACUACAGCUGCCUAGAGAGCAAGAGACUUGGACGAAGCAGCUACAAGGAGCAGAAUGUCUUUGUAUAUCGUCGGGAUGCUGUGUCAGUUAUGGCUUGGUGCCAAGUUGGAGAUGAGGAUGCCAGAGAUUUUGCUAGGGGACCCUUUGCAGUGCAUUUCCAUUCUCCACACACAGUGGCUUCAGACUUUGUGCUACUCUUGCACCAUACCUGUCCUCAGGAAGCGGUUCAUGAGCUUGAUCUGCUGUUUGAAGUAUGCAUGGAGCUAAUGCACUGGUGGAAAACGGAGAAUGUGAUGGUGCUGGGAGACCUGAAUGCAGGCGGUACCUACAUCCCAAGGAGUGCGUGGGCCAGGAUCCGCUUGCACAAUCACCCUGCCUUCCAUUGGCUUAUCAGCGACGAAGAAGAUACCACCGUCAGCCACCGCACUUGCUGUUCUUAUGACAGAAUCAUAGUUCAUGGAGAAGAAUUACUCUCUGCUGUUGUGCCCGGAUCAGCAAAGCCAUACAAUUUCACAAGGGCUCUUGGACUGUCUGAAGAAGAGGCCUUAGAAAUCAGUGAUCACUACCCUGUGGAGGUGAAGCUGAAGCUUGCUCCAAAGACUCAGCGGGAACUCUAA